UCGAAAAUCGAACACCGCGUUCCAAAUUCGAAAAUUCAAAUUUAGGACCACUCUUAGUGGAGUGUUUCAAUAGAACAUCGCAUUCGAUUUUCAAAAAAUUAAGCGCAUCGUAGUGUUUUUUUUUUAAUUUGACUGUGUUUAGUAAAAUAGGACUAGUUCAAUCGGAUUAUCGGACGCUGAAUUCGAUUGACGAAAAACUAACCACACCACUGUUAUUGAAGUGUUUAUUUUUUUUUAAUUUUACUGUGUUUAAUAAAAUAGAACUAAUACUUAUGUCAUAAAAAUAGUGUGUGCGUGUUUUCAAUAUCAAACAUUUAACAUCAUUUUAUUUAUAGAUUUUACGUGUGUUAUAAUUUUGAAUUAAACAGUGAAACGGUGACUUAAAAUGGAACCACAGAUAGUAGAAUCCCAACCGAAAAAACCAAAACCGUUCUCUAUAGACUCAAUAAUCGGUAAUAAUCGAAAAUCGCCAGAAAUCGAUAUCGAGAACCAAGACUCCAGAAAUUCAGAGGAAGAGGAAGAGAGGAUGAGAUAUUAUUUACCGUUUCAGAACGGUAUGUCCAUACCGUUUCUGUUAGGGUAUGGGGAACCCUGGUUGUCCAGGGUGUUAGCGCCGGUACAGGAGAGAGAAAGAGAGGGAAAAACGGAGAGUCCUGUUAGUGUGGGGAGUGAGGAGAGCGACGGAGAGGAGCACACGCAAGGAAACGACUCGGAGCCCGACCAAGAGGACUCAACAGACCGCCGCGAGAGCAAAGCCCGUCGGCGGCGCACGGCCUUCACUUCCGAGCAACUUCUCGAGUUAGAGCGAGAGUUCCACGCCAAGAAGUACCUGAGUCUGACUGAGAGGUCGCAGAUCGCCGCUGCUCUUAAGCUUAGCGAAGUACAGGUCAAAAUAUGGUUUCAAAACCGUCGCGCGAAAUGGAAACGCGUGAAAGCCGGCCUAGCAUCCGGCAGCCACUCGGGAAAAACCUCAGGCACCAAGAUAGUCGUUCCCAUCCCAGUACAUGUCAACCGCUUCGCCGUACGAACACAACACCAUCAGAUGGAGAAACAGCAGUUCAGACUAGACCGUAACCAACCCUGCAGCUUAUUACAAUCACAAACAUCGGCUUUCUCCAAAAACGAGUUUUUAAAAGAAUCUAAUCCGUUCAAAGAAUCGAGCUUACCGAGUCCGUUUUUGAAAAGCGAAUCGGUAAUGGCGCGCAGCACUAUGUUCGAUGCUAGUAUGUCCGCUAGGUUGGCAAGUUUGAGUCAAGCCGCUAAUUUGAGGUUUGGAAAUCAAAAUGGCCGACCUAGCUAGUCUGGAUAGAUACAGGCUGAUUUUUUGUGGUAAUGAAAAUUAAUGCCUACUUUAUUAUCAUUGAAGCAUUAAAUAAAACUGUGCUACAUAAAUAUUGUAUGGCUAAUGCUAAAGUGAACCAUGUUGUCAACGAUAAUUUGUCAUAUUUUUUACUAAAUCAUGGUUGUUUCACCGAUUAAUAAUGAUUAUAUUGUGUAAUAAAUACAAACGAAUUCAAUGUAUAUUUUUUACAAGUAUUUUUAUUUCAAUUCUCAUAAAUUAACAAAACCGGAAGCAAAAUGUAAACAUACAGUAGCUGUCAUGCCGUCAGAUACAAACUUAUUUUGGAAAGGUUAUGGUACCUACUCACAAAUUUGAGAAUAUCCUUCUAUUGUCAAUUAUGUGUCUCCUACGCAUAUACCUGAUGAGGCCUGUAAUCCAAACGCCAUACAUAACUAUGAAAAAAAAAAACAACAAACCAAUAAUCAAAUUAUGUAUCUUAGGUAUAUUUAAUAAUAUUGAUUUAUUAAGAGUUAGCCUGCUUAUGGGUUGUAUACUGUAAUAAAUUUGUGUUAAAAUCAUUGCAAAUAUAUUGUAAGUACGUUAAAAAAACUGUUAAGUGUAAAUUAUUAUGUAUAAGCAAUGCCUAUCUAUAUUGUAACGGAAAGUAAUAAUUAGAUAAUAAAAAAGUGUG